AUGUUGGCCCAGAAUGGGAAGGCGUCACUGAUAAGCUCCCGAGCUUCGGCCCCUCGAAGUCCCCGUGACGAAUGCCUUGCUUUCACCUUCUCUUCUGAUUUCUCAUUCAAUUUGCAAGCCUUUGCUCCCUCUGCAAUCAUGUCCAGCUCAGACCCCGAGGUCACGCCCGAGAAUGUUGCCGAAAUCCUGCAACACGAUACCAAGGUGAAGGUAGCAGGAGUGGACGUGGAUGGUAUCCUGCGCGGGAAGAUCAUGAAGAAGGACAAGUUCUUGUCCAUUAUCACUGAAGGAUUUGGGUUCUGCUCCGUCAUUUUUGGCUGGGACCAGCAUGAUGCAACCUACUACAAGGAGCUGACGAUCAGCAACAAGGAGAACGGCUACCGUGACCUUGUUGCUGUCCCUGAUCUCCGCAGCUUCCGUCGCAUUCCAUGGGAGGGCAAUGUCCCCUUCUUCCUUAUCAGUUUUCUGGAUCCAGAUACCCGAGAGCCAGUCUGCGCCUGUCCGCGUGGGUUGCUCAAGACAGCGGCGGCCAAGGCUGAGGCGGCAGGGUAUCGGGCGAUGGCAGGUGCCGAAUAUGAGUUCUACCAGUUUCGCGCACCGGGUAGUCACGCGACGCCCGAACAAGGUGCCUCUGCCACGGCCACUUUCCUUCAAUCGAAUCCUCCAGACGCCCUACCGUCAUUAACAGAGGGCAUGUUCGGAUAUUCGAUCACUCGACCUCUUCAUAACCAAGAUUACUAUUAUGGCAUCUUUGACGCCUGCGAGAAGUUCCGCUGCGAUAUCGAGGGAUGGCACACCGAGAGUGGGCCGGGUGUGUUUGAAGCCGCAUUACAAUUUGGUGAGGCGAAGGACAUGGCUGAUAAAGCCGGCUUGUUCAAAUAUACCGUCAAGGCAUUUGGAAUCAAGCAUGGCAUCACACCAUGCUUCAUGGCCAAACCGCGCCAGGGUCUACCCGGAAACAGCGGACAUAUGCACAUCUCGCUCGUCACCGCCGACGGAAAGAACGCUUUCAUCCGCGAUACCCCCGAUCCCUCUCCUCAAUACCCCGAUAUCGCUCAUCUGUCGGAUCUGGGACGGCAUUUCCUGGCUGGUCUGCUGGUCGGCCUGCCAGACAUUAUGCCCAUCCUGGCGCCGACCAUCAAUUCCUACAAGCGGCUUGUGGAGAACUUCUGGGCCCCCGUCACAGUCUCCUGGGGACUGGAACACCGGGCGGCCUCAAUUCGCUUGAUCACACCGCCGACGGCGAGUGCCAAAGCCACCAGAUUUGAGGUGCGAGUCCCCGGUGCAGACACCAAUGCGCACUUUGUGCUGGCCGCGAUUCUGGCUCUCGGGUGGCGCGGCGUGGAGAAGAAGCUCGAGAUCCCCGUACCACCACUGGCCCGUGGUGAGGACAUGGGUGGUGCUAGCGAUCAGGGUGUCCGCCUGGCGAAAUCUUUGAAGGAAGCCAUUGUUACGUUCUCGCGACCAGAGAGUGUUGCACGAGAGGUCUUUGGUGACUCAUUCGUGGAGCAUUUCGCGGGCACUCGGGAGCACGAAGUGCGCUUAUGGGAGGAGGCCGUCACCGAUUGGGAGAUGAAGCGGUACAUUGAGACCGUGUAA